CGUAUCUGGUCAUGUAUUCAUCUCUCCAUUCAUUCACCGCACCAAAAUCAAGCAUGGCCGCUCUCCUGCGCUCCUCUCGGGUCCUCUCAAGAUUCUUGAGCACCGCUCGCUGUUUUUCGACGUCUUCGGUCGUGUCGCCGGCCAAAUUAUGUACCGUGUACAAACAGCAAGCCGUCGCCAGGCCCUUGGUUUCGAAACGGUUACUGGCGAGCCAGGCUGCUUCACCCGCUGCAGCCGCCCAAGAAGAAGACGCGUCGUCCCUUCAGAGUCGUCUGCACAGCCUCGACCGGAUCCUGUACCGCGUCGACAAUGAAGUGCGGAGAACCGGCCGUGUGUCGCGGAGAGACGUGGACGACGUCUUUGCCGAGGUCAAGAGGAUCGGGAGUGUGACAUCUUCGCAAGGCCUGCUGCUGGUGCGGUCUUGCGGCUCCUUCUUGAGGGAGGAGAGUCCCGAGCAGCGUACGCAGCUCGUGGAUCGCGUUUGGAGCACGCUGCAGGAACUGAAGUGCCCGAUGGACGUGAGCCACUACAACGCCCUGCUUCAGGUGUACCUGGAAAAUGAGCUCAAGUUCUCGCCGACGGAGUUCCUGGCGACCAUGGAGAAGGCGGGCAUCCAGGCCAACAGGGUGACAUACCAGCGUCUUAUCCACAGAUUUUGCCAGGAAGGCGACAUUUCUGGGGCAAGCAAGAUCCUGGAGCACAUGAAGAGUCAGGACCUCCCGAUCAACGAGAAGGUGUUCAACUCGCUGGUCAUGGGUCACGCAAGAGCAAAUGACAUGGAGAAUGCAAAGAACAUCCUGGACGUGAUGAGAAACGCCCACCUGGAACCGACGGCAGACACUUACUUCGCCCUGCUGCGCGGUCACGCGGAGCGUGGGGACGUAGAGUCCAUGAACAAGGUGCUGCAGGAACUGGAGCGGAACGAAGUCUUCCUGUUGGACGAUCAUUACCUCGGGCUCGUGAACGUCCUUGCCUGCUCCGGACACAAGCAGCACGUCGAUGAGGUCCUGGGCAAGACGCGGCGUCUGGCGGGCUACACUCAGGACUGCAUCAACACGUGCAUGGAACUCGUCGCCCUGGGCCACGACGACGUGGCGCACAAGGUCUUCCUCACCAUGACCUCGAGGCUGGAGAACCACGGCAACUUCUUCGUCUCGCAGCUUGUGCGCUCUGGUGCGCCCCUUGAGAAGAUUGUGCAGUACUGCAACGACUUCAAGUCCCGCGGCUUCAACACAAGGGCUCUGAUCCGCUGCACGGAGGUGGCGCUGCUGAACAAAAAAGCCGAGUUGGCUUUGGGUCUGAUCAACGAAAUGCACAAGCAGGAACUCCCGGUACGUCACCACUACUUCUAUCCUGUGCUCCUCAGCAAGAGCGGAAACGACGACGACGUCUACGCCGUCCUCAAGUCGAUGAUGGAUCUGGAGCUGGAGCCAAACUACGAGACCCUCGGAGACUUCGCUCUGCCGGCCCUGGACACGUCAGACCCCGAACAGGUGGUCGGAAAACUCAAGGGCAUGGGAAUGAGUGUGGGAGCCAUUGUGAACCCGCUUGUUUACCAUUACCUGGAGACUGGCAAAGCCAAGAUGGCCUUGUCCACAGCCGAGCAGUUCCCCGUGAACCUGGUGCCCUCGCUGCUGGUUCCCGCAAUGGUGAACUGCUUCAGGGAGUCCAACGACGCGGUCACUCUCGUCAAGCUACUUUCUCUGGUGGGAGAGGGCCCAAUGCCAACCACUGCCUCCAGGAAACGAACAGACUGGGCCGGGCGUUUCGUCCUGGACUGCCUGUCCGUCAAUGCCGGCUCGCCGUCGGACGUCGUCACUUGGCUGGUUCCGGAGCUCGCGGCCAACGACGUCAAGAUUGGCCAGGCCGCGGCGGAGACUCUGCGGGCUCGUUACGGCAAGAACCUCAGCUCCUCGAUCCUCGACAUGCUGGACAAGAUCUCCACGGAAAUGCUCGACGAAUCAGACACCUUGAGUCCUGGUGCCAUUCCAUCGCAGAAUGAUAUGACCAUAGAAGAACUGGAGAGCCAUCUCGUGGAACUUAAGAACAAAGGGAUGAACACAAGGGGUGCCCUGCGCCGACUGCUGCUUCUGCACUGCCGGUUCCGGAACCUGGACCGCGCCAUGGAGAUUGCGGAACAGCUCAAGAAGGAAGGGAGCCCCUUCACGGGGGCCAUGCACGCCCAGCUCCUGGACCUGUUUGUGUCCGCGGGAGACCUCGACAAGGCCCUGGAGCACCACAAGCUCGUGUAUGAGACGGAGCCUAACUUUAGGCUGGACGACCACAAGGUCCUCAACUUGGCUUCACUGAUGAUUUCCAAGGGACGAUUUGAAGAGGGCCUCCGACUGGUGGAGGAGAGCUUUGCAGCCCACGGUGUGCGGGAGUCGCCGGAGAGCCUGCAGCGCAACGUGUUCCGGCUGUUAAACGCGGCCUCGCAGCACGGCACACCCGAGCAGACCCAGCAGGCCUUCGACCUGGCAGUGGUCAAGUGCAAGUUCGCCCCUCCGUCCACCCUGGUGUUGGGACCCCUGGUGCGCUGCCACCUGCUCAGAGAUGACCUGGCUCAGGCAUUGAGUGCUUUUGAAAGCUGCGCCAAGGCAUACAAGCACACCCCCAUGAAGAACGAACUGUCCCGCCGGUUCAUCGAAAAAGAGGAUUCAGAGUCGCUGCAGAGAGUGGUGGAUAUCAGCACGGAGGUGCACGGCGAGAUGAACACCCUUUACGACCUCAUGAGCUACUUCCUGGAGUGUGGCCACGUUCGCCAGGCGCAGAAGAUUCUGGAGACACCAGGACUGAGAGCAAGGCAUCAGCGGUUGGACCAGAUCUGCGAGACCUUUUUGCAGCGAGACAUGAUCACGGAGUUGGAGCACCUGGUGCAGAUCACCAAAGACCUGUUUGACGUCAACAGGGAUGCCAUGUACUUCUUCCUGCUCAGGGCCUACGCCUCCGUGAACGACGUGGGACGGGCCCUGGACGUGUGGACCAAGAUGCAGGAGGAGAACGUGCAGCCGAGCGCCCGCACCCUGCGCUUCCUGGCCGCCCUGCUGCGCAAGGAGGGCCAGCCGCUGCCCUUCGAAGUGCCCCCCGAGGAGGACGACCCGGUGAGAGAGUUUGGGAGGCGGUCCUUCGAGGCCCGCGGCUCAGCACGCGGGGUGGCAUCGAGAGGAGUCUCGUUGGAGAGCCUCGUCGCCAAGGACGUCGACCGCGCCCUGGACGAGUGGCAGAGGUUGGCAGACUCGAAUGCGGCACUCUCUCAUCGGGACACGAGCCUUCUCAUCGAAGCGCUGAUCCUGAAGGAACGGAUCAAGGACGCCCUGCGCGUGACGGAGGAGCUGCUCUCGCGGGGCCUGCACCCGUGGCCGAGGGUGCUCAAGUUCCUGCUGCUGCGCCUGGCCACCCUGGGAGAGGUGGACAAGAUGGAAGCCCUGCGCCCGCAGUUGCCGGACCAGCUGGUGCGCUCGGUCUCCUUCGACAACCUCGUCUGCAACGCCUACGUCAACUG